AUGUCGCUGCCGUGGCUUGUGACGCUGGUUCUGCUGCUGCUCGUGACUCAGAGCCAUGGCGCUAGGAUCUUGGGCUUGUAUCCCUUACCAUCGAGAAGCCACCUCAUCGUCCAAAAUGCUCUGAUGUUCGAGCUAGCCAGUCGAGGGCACCAGGUUACAGUGGUCAGUCCUUUUCCCGUAAAGGAGCCCAUUCCAAAUUACACACACAUCACAGUGGAGUCAGAUAUGAAUGAUUUAAUGGGAGGUCAUGUUUCAUCAAAUGUGUUCGACAUGCAGUCAAUUGGGCCCUUGAAAAUGACAUUCUUUAUGUGGUUAAUGGGUGAAGCGUUGUGCGACCACGUACUGCAAAAUGACAACAUCCAGAAACUGAUCCAUUCUAAAGAUCUUCAUUUCGAUCUUGUGAUCGUUGAAGUCUUUAUUAACGAAUGCGUCUUAGGAUUCGCUCAUAAAUUUAACGCUCCCAUUAUACAAGUCUGCACAUACGGAGGAGGAAAUUUCAUGGCUGACUGGGUCGGAAGUCCUAAUCCUUACUCUUACGUUCCCGAUGAGUUCCUUCCUUACGAAGAUAAGAUGAAUUUCUGGGAAAGAAUGUACAAUACAGUCGUUGGUACACUGAGACACGUCGGAAGGCAGCUGAUCCACGUGCCGAAACAAAAUGCCGUGAUGCAGAAAUAUUUCAACUAUACAGACAAAUUUCCACCCGUGUGGGAGCUGGAAUACAGAACGUCCUUGGUCCUUCUCAACUCACACUUCAGUCUCAGCUACCCGAAGCCUCUCUCUCCAAACUACGUGCAGGUUGGCGGAAUGCACGUGAAACCUCCGAAGAAGCUUCCACAGGAAUUGCAGAAAUAUCUUGACGAAGCUCCACAUGGAGUGAUCUACUUCAGCAUGGGCUCAACCCUGCAAAGCUCGGAACUGCCUGAAUCAAUAAGAAAAGCUUUCCUUGAAGCGUUCUCCAAGUUUAAACAACGGGUGUUAUGGAAAUGGGAGACGGACUCGUUGCCAGGGCAACCAAAAAACGUAAGGCUCGGGAAGUGGCUGCCUCAAUCCGACAUUCUUGCUCAUCCCAACGUCCGACUCUUCAUCACUCAUGGCGGACUGCUGAGCAUGCAGGAAGCCAUCUACAGGGGAGUUCCUCUGCUUGGGAUUCCGAUAUUCGGCGAUCAGGGUCUGAAUAUGGGCAGGGCCGUGUCAGCAGGAUACGGGCUCAAGAUUGACUUCGUAAACGUCACUACAGAGUCCUUGACGUGGGCUAUCAGAGAAAUCAUCGAAACUCCAACGUAUUUCUGGAAUUCUUUACUUUCAUUUUUCUUGGCCUCAUAA